AAUAGAACAAUUAGAGUUAAUUAAUAGGAGGCUACUAGCGACUAGCUACUCUAAUGAGGAAUAUACAGAAAUCAGUAACAACAGAUUGAGGUAUUACACUAGUUAUUAUGUUUUAGCGGAAUUAUAUAAUAGAAAAAGAUCUCAUGAUCCACAUAGCCGAUUGUCAAACAUCAAUAAAUCAAUUGAAGCUUUCAACACCUUCAUUGAACAACUUGAUAGUAUACAACUAGAAACCGAAAAGGCUGUUCCAUUUGCUGAAUCGAACAACAACACACUCGAUCCAUCAGCUAGGCGUGAAUUGAAGAUAGCUCAAUACAAGAAAGAGAAAGAAUUAGAGACUAAGAUGUUGGAAUACAAGGAACUCAUCUCAGAUAGUCCAGAAGAGGGUGUUUUCUCUACAAUGUUUAACAAACCAUCAAAUGAGGAGGAAGAUGAAGAUGAUGAUGAGGUUGUCAGAGAUUAUAUUAUCAGAUUACUCAUAUAUCUCGCUUCACAAGCAACCAAACAGCUCCAGUCUUCCCAAAUGGAGUUAGAGUUGCUUAAAAAUAUACCAACCCAAACAUCAGACAGUGAUAAUAGAAGUGCGACAUCAAGUAACCCAACGGAUAGAACUUGGAAAUUAGAUACACCAAUAGACAAACAAUCGUUAUUGGAUAAAAAUGGUAAACCAAUGCGUCCAUUUACGAUCAUGCCUGCUGGAUCACGUACGACUAGGCAGCAGAUGUCAGAAGGCGUCUUCCAACACUCUCAUAGACUUCCUACUAUGACUAUCGAUGAAUAUCUUCAAGGUGAAGCAGACAGAGGGAACAUUAUUGAAGGUGGAGGACCAGCUAGUGAGAAUCAACCAACUAGCAAAGAGCAAUUACAACUUGAUACUGAGUAUGACGGAACAGCCAGCGCAGAAGCUGCUCAAGAGAAGCAACGCGUCGAUGGAGAGAACUGGGCAAGAUAUACCGAAGAAGUUGAGAAAGGUAGUGGAAAUAAAAUGUCCAACAUUGGUUGAACCCUUCUUGUAUUAUAACCACCAUCAUUUAUGACAUCAAACACGCCUGAUUUGGCUGAUGAAUUGGUUCUAGCCUUGAAUGAGCAACUCAAUCAAGGUUUUAUUACAUCAUUUGAUAUCGUUGCACCAUACAAAGCGCUGGUUAGAUUGUUGGAAGACAAUGACGUAGAGAUUGAAAUCAGUCAAAGUGGCUAUA